GGCGCCCCCCGGUCCCGCCCGCCAUGCCCGGCCCGGCCGCGGGCAGCAGGGCCCGGGUCUACGCCGAGGUGAACAGCCUGAGGAGCCGCGAGUACUGGGACUAUGAGGCGCACGUCCCGAGCUGGGGUAAUCAAGAUGAUUACCAACUGGUUCGAAAACUUGGUCGGGGAAAGUAUAGUGAAGUAUUUGAGGCCAUUAACAUCACCAACAAUGAGAGAGUGGUUGUAAAAAUUCUCAAGCCAGUGAAGAAAAAGAAGAUAAAACGAGAGGUUAAGAUUCUGGAGAACCUUCGUGGUGGAACAAAUAUCAUUAAGCUGAUUGACACUGUAAAGGACCCUGUGUCGAAGACACCAGCUUUGGUGUUUGAAUACAUCAACAAUACAGAUUUUAAGCAACUCUACCAGAUCCUGACAGACUUUGAUAUCCGGUUUUAUAUGUAUGAACUACUUAAAGCUCUGGAUUACUGCCACAGCAAGGGAAUCAUGCACAGAGAUGUGAAACCUCACAAUGUCAUGAUAGAUCACCAACAGAAAAAGCUGCGACUGAUAGAUUGGGGUCUGGCUGAGUUCUAUCAUCCUGCUCAGGAGUACAAUGUCCGUGUAGCUUCACGGUACUUCAAGGGACCCGAGCUCCUUGUGGACUAUCAGAUGUAUGAUUACAGCUUGGACAUGUGGAGUUUGGGCUGUAUGUUAGCGAGCAUGAUCUUUCGAAAGGAACCUUUCUUCCAUGGACAGGACAACUAUGACCAGCUUGUUCGCAUUGCCAAGGUUCUGGGUACAGAUGAGCUGUAUGGGUACCUGAAGAAGUAUCACAUAGACCUAGAUCCACACUUCAACGAUAUCCUGGGACAACACUCACGGAAACGCUGGGAAAACUUUAUUCAUAGUGAGAACAGACACCUUGUCAGUCCCGAGGCCCUAGAUCUUCUGGACAAACUUCUGCGAUACGACCAUCAACAGAGACUGACUGCCAAAGAGGCAAUGGAGCACCCAUACUUCUACCCUGUGGUGAAGGAGCAGUCGCAGCCUUGUGCAGAUAAUGCUGUGCUCUCUAGUGGUCUCACGGCAGCACGAUGAAGACGGGAGAGCGAUGGGUCUGUUGCUGUUCCUCCCACUUUUCCAUAAGCAGAGCAAGAACCAAAUCAAACGUCUUAACGUGUGUGUAGAGAGAUCAUGUUCCGUGAGCAGACACGAAACGGUGGCAGGUUACGCGAGCAUGAACUAGACCACCUGAAGGGCAGCCCACCACCGUAUAUCAAACCUCACUUCCGAAUGUAAAAGGUUCACACGCCUUUGGCUUCCUGUUGACUUCCUCCUGACCCAGAAAGCAUGGGAGAUAUGAAGGGUAUGCAAAUUGGUUGUUGGUUACUGUUGCUCCCUGCACCCCUUGACUCGUCCUGUGGCCGCCUGUUUCUCCAGCAAACCACAUUAACUAGCUGACCACAGACUCCACAGUUGGGGGGCCGGGGGAAAAAUGGCAUGACGGGCAGUUACGUAUUAUAAUUUUAAAAGUAUAUAUUAUUGAAUAAAAGGUUUUAAAAGAAACGUAUGGAGAGUUUUCAGUAUGGAAGGAGCCAUUAACCAAGACCUGUGGCCACAGAGGACCAAGUGAAGUAGAGCUUCUGUGGCAGGUUCUGGCCAGAGGAAGACGGGAGUCCCAGAGGUGAGGAGAGCCAGUUUUAAGGACACUUCACAGAAAUGAGAAAUAUUCAGAGGUAGGGAGGGAGCUAAUCCUGGGAAUGGGGCAGACCCUGGAUAAUCGAAGUAAGUAAGAGACUCAGCCAGGGAAGCUGAACUUUGCCUUGAACACAUUCCCAUUGACCAGCGGCCUCCCUGGACCCCUCCCCCCAAAGCAGGGAGUCACCCAGUAUUUUAGGUGGUAGAUAAAUGUCGCCUCUGGUGAACUCAGGAAGGUGUCUUAGCCUUGUCUUUCCCUUUGCUUGUGCCUGCCCGUCUUCCAUCUCCCAGUCUUCUCUUCACCCCUGCCCUCUCUUCUGAAAAAGCAUCUUUCUUGGAGCAUGGUUGAAUCUGUUCCCUGAGGUAGGGGAGGGGUCACGGCUCUCAGAUCCCAGAGCCGCUUCUGAGCACAUUCUGAAGCUCCUGUGAACUGGAAGGAAAGGGGCCCACUCAUGUGAAAGAGAGGGUAAAGUGGGGGCACCAUUGUAUUUGUUAGAUGGAAAAGCGAAACGAAACCUGUUUUACAAAUGGGACUUCGCCAGCUCCCUCAGUCCUCCUUCCCAGGGCAGCAAUGCCAGGGAAGGUGAAAGCUGGGACAACGUGGUGCCAGUCCCGCCUUGUCUCCAGCUGCUGGCCUGUCCCUCCCACAGCCUGGAGAGAGCAGAAGCAAAGGGCAGAUCCUGACACUCAGGCAGCCAGGUAGAGUGCCCACUGGUUCUCCGCAAAAACCAUUGGUCCACUUGGAGAACACCCCUUCUCCUGUCUUCUCUGCUGCUCGUUCUGAACAGGUGACUGUGUGAACCAAGGCGUGGAUGCUCACAGUCUUUGAAGGGAUUAUGGGGGGAAAACAAAGGGACCACCAUGGCGUCCUAGUGCGCCUUGGACCAGCUUCUGUCAUAUCCAAGCAGUUCCGCAGUUUUGGGACCUUGAGACUAUGCAUGCUUCUGGGACUACAGCCAGCGAAGACCCACAGGGCCACUGCCACCAACACUGUAAGGCCCACAGGACACUGAGCAAAGGGACUUGGCGUGCUCCAGCUCCAUCCCAGGCCUCGUUUUCCGAAGCUCCUGCUCUGGUGGGGUCCCCAUCUGAUUCAAGGCUUUGCAAGUUUCUGCUGGUCUCUCAGAUCUCUGCAAAGGCACAAUAGAUACCUCAUUAUAAUGAGCACGUCUCUGAAUGAUUUCUGUUCCCUAAAUUCCUAUGAAAUGGUGCUCUGUAUGCGUGUGUUUAUCUCUGUGUUGUCCUGUGGGUGUUUGAGAUUCCUUCCAGAUAUAGAGGAUCUUGUCUGAAUGAUACACAGUUCACCAGUUUGGGAACACUCAGAUGUCACGUAGAACUUGAUGCUAGCUUUUUCCUCAAAUUUCCCUCUCAAACAAGACUCUCUUUAACUUCUCAGUGUGAAAGUCUUAUUUCCCAGAAACCUGUGAAAUGUAUCAGGCAGCUCUGGGUUUUGUGGAUGGUAGUUGCUGGGUGGGAAACUGGUUGUAGCGAGGAAGGGAAAGAGCAGUUUUUGUUUAGGGUUUUUUUCUUCCUUGCUAGACGGGGACAAAAACAGUCUAAA